AUGUGGAGAACGCAGAACGGGCGUGCAGUGGUCCGAGCCCUGGUCCUGGCCACUCUGUGGCUGGCCGUGGCUGGGCGUCCCCUGGUCCGGCGAUCCCUGGCUCUGUCCGAUGAAGAGCCACUCAUUCUCUACGGUUGGGGCAAGAGCACCCGCCUUCAGCACCUGUACGCCGCUGGUCCCCACAUCUCCAACUGCUUCCUGAAUAUCCGGAGCGACGGCUCCGUGGACUGCGAGGAUGAACAAAACGAACGAAGUUUGCUAGAGUUCCGCGCGGUGGCUCUGAAGACGAUUGCCAUCAAGGACGUCAGCAGCGUACGGUACCUCUGCAUGAGCGCGGACGGAAAGAUACAGGGGCUGAUUCGUUACUCGGAGGAAGAUUGCACCUUCAGGGAGGAACUGGACUAUUUAGGCUACAACCAGUACAAAUCCCCGAAGCACCGCCUCCACAUCAUCCUCAUCAGGUCCAAAUACAGGCAACAGCUCCAGGACAAAGCACCCUCCAACUUUAUCCCCGUGUUUCCCCGGUCCUUUUUGGAAGCCAGGGACCAGCUGGAGUCUAAACUGUUUCCCCUGCCCCUGGAUCCCGACAGCAUGGAUCCAUUCGGGAUGGUGGAAGACAUGGAGGUGAAGAGCCCCAGCUUCCAGAAGUGACAGACUUCCCACAGGAUGAAGAAAACCCCAAUACCCCAUGAAUUCCCCUUUAGGAGGAUGUGCUAGAAGCUGUACAUAUUCUAAGUGUCGUUGACCGUGUGUGGUUUUAGUGGCUAGACUUGAUCGUGAACCUAAAUUGACUACCUGCCCGGCUACCAUCUGAGUCCCACUGACUUAGGCGGCUGCUGACCUGUGGCUAGGUGACUCCAGUUCUGUUUGAAUACCUCCACUAAUGGGGAACUCACUCCUAUGAGACAUUCUUAAUUUUGAGCCAAAUCUGUGUGGUUUGGACAUUUUCAGCAGGGUAGCCAGAAAAUGUGAAGUCUACUUAAAAUUCAUGUGCAGGAGGUGGGCUCAGAAGUAUGUGUUGACUGGCUGGACCCUGUGGGGUCUCAACUUGCCCCCAAGUGCCUCCUGACUAGAACUGAUGGGGGUCACAAACUCGGAACAAAGAGCAGCUUGGAAAACCUUGGGAGCCUUGCAGGAUGAUUUUUGAGAUUAAGAAUUCCAGCUGACCACUUAAUUUCCCUUUCCCAUACUUCUAGAUAUCAGAUGGAAGUGGCCCUCAGCCAGGCUUAGGAGUGGACCCUCAGCUGAGUGGGUAGCCAAGCUGCCACCUGUGCCCCAGCAGUUUAUCUGCCCAGGUCACACCCCUUCUCAGAGCUCACCUGGGCUCUCCAACCCCAGAGUACGGAGCUCAUGGGCCGGCUGUGGCCACUUGUGCUCUUCCCCAGCUCCUGGCUCUUACCUCUGGUCACCAGGCAUUGUGUGGAUCGGUGGUGUGUCCCCUGCUGCCUGUAUCAACCUGCACCCUGCAUUUGCAAAAGAAUAACAAGAUUGGGAAGCCCUAAAUUUUUCAGCAGCUGCAGGGGAGCUGUGGCGCCUCUCCACCGCACU